AUGCUUCUUCCUCGCCUUUUUGGCUUGGCCACUCUCUCCUUGGCAAGCUUAGGGGCAGCUGUUGAGCUAACUGGCUAUGAGUAUGUCGUAGUUGGCUCAGGAGCUGGUGGAGGCCCACUAGCUGCUCGACUUGCCCUUGCUGGACAUAAGACACUGCUCAUUGAGGCUGGCGAUGACCAAGGGGAGAAUACCAACUACACAGUCCCAGCUUACUCUGCUAAGGCUUCCGAGGAUGAGGCACUUGCUUGGAACUUCUUUGUACGCCACUAUGCGAAUGACUCGCGCCAGGCACUGGACUAUAAGACCACAUAUGAGACUCCAGAUGGCACUGAAUACACCGGACUAAGCCCUCCAGAGGGCUCAACUAUGAAAGGCACUCUGUACCCACGUACCGGGACUCUCGGUGGAUGCACUGCCCACAACGCUCUGGUCACUGUCUACCCGUACGAGUCUGAUUUUGACUACAUCUCCACGCUGACCGGCGAUGCCUCGUGGGCCCCGGAUAACAUGCGCAAGUAUUUUGAGAAGAUGGAAAACAACAACUACCUCCUGCCUGGCUUACCGGGACAUGGAUACGACGGCUGGUUCCACGAUGAGACCGCCCCCAUCAGUAUCGUCCUUGAAGAUCCUCAGCUUCUAAGCAUGCUACUUGGCGGUGCAUUUGCUCUGGGUAAUCUGACCGAAAACAUCUUCAACGUCGCAACGCUUCUCGCUGGAGACGCCAACGCCGACUCCAGACUCCGCGACACAGAGCCUGGAUACUACCAAGUCCCACUCGCCAGCAACGACGCAAAGCGUAACGGUCCACGUGAGUUUCUCGUCGCAGUACGAGACGCUAAGAGCUUCGAUGGCUCAAAGAAGUACCCUCUCGAUAUCCGUACAAACUGCCAAGCUACCAAAGUCAACUUCGAUAACUCCGCUGGUACCCCGCGCGCUACGGGCGUCGAGUUCCUCGAUGGUCAGUACCUUUACCGCGCUAGUCCUCGCUCUGGAACAGCUGGAUCCGGUACACCUGGUAGCGUGAGCGCCUCUCGCGAAGUGAUCAUCGCCGGUGGCGUAUACAACUCCCCACAACUCCUAAAGCUCAGUGGUAUCGGACCCGCCGACGAGCUCCGCGAAUUCGGUAUUGAUGUCGUCCAUGAUUUACCUGGCGUUGGCACAAACCUGCAAGAUCACUAUGAAACCGUCGUACAGGGCCAUACUCCACACAACUUCACCGCGCUUGAUGGAUGUACUUUUAGUCUUGAUGGUGAGGAAGACCCUUGUCUGGAGCGAUGGGAUAAUCCCAUUCUCGGAAAUCGGGGAAUCUACUCGUCAAAUGGAUUCGCUAGUACCAUGCUUUACAAGAGUUCCGUCGCUGUGGAUGACGACUUCGAUGCCUUUGUUUUCGGUGGCCCGAUUAACUUCCGUGGAUACUAUCCCGGGUACAGUAUUAAUAUCACUGAGCGCCAUGACUGGUUCUCGUGGGCUAUUCUGAAGGCUCAUCCUCGCAAUACAGCUGGCUCGGUGAAGCUUCGUUCGGCUGAUCCGCUUGAUAUGCCGGAAAUCGUGUUUAAUUAUUUUGAUACCGGUGUUGGUGACUAUGCUGCGGAUCUGGAGGCUAUCACUGAGGCCAUUGGUCUGGCCAGAGAUGCGUUCUCGAGACAGUUGGUUGGUAUUGAGGAGGUCUUGCCUGGCAAAGAUGUUACCUCGACCGAGGAUAUUCAUGAUUAUAUUAUGAAUACCGCCUGGGGUCACCAUGCUUCCUGUACUUGUCCUAUUGGCACCGAUGAUGACCCUAUGGCGGUGUUGGACUCGAAGUUCCGGGUUCGUGGUGUUAGUGGCCUACGUGUUGUUGAUGCGUCUGUCUACCCACGUAUUCCUGGAACAUUUACUGCUCUGUCCACUUAUAUGGUGUCGGAGAAAGCUGCGGAGGAGAUCUUGAGUGAUGCUAGUAGCUAG